UCGCGGCACUUCUCUCCUCAUUCGCGAUCCAACUCGCCUCCCGAAAACUCGGGGUGGCGUCCGACCUAUCUGACGUCUCUACUACCGCGCGCGCAAGCAGCGGUUGGCAGACAGACAUUAUGGCGCGCGGCAGCGCUAUCAUGCUGGCUUUAGCAGUGUUUCUACUAGCUGAUCAGUGCUCUCAUGCCUCGUAUAUCGAUCCAGGAGACGACGACAUUGAAAUAAAUGGCCCCGACUACGAUGAAGAUCCCUCUGAUUUACAAAUCUUACAAGAUGUUGGCAAACGAUCGUCGCUGAUCUACGUUUUCAGGCGUGCGUGUAUUCGGCGUGGCGGCAAUUGCGACCACCGACCAGGGGACUGUUGUCAUUCUUCGUCGUGUCGAUGCAACCUUUGGGGCUCCAAUUGUCGCUGCCAGCGCAUGGGGCUCUUCCAGAAGUGGGGCUGAAACUACCGUUCCAUUGCCCGCGGCUACACCAUCCGCCGCCCCAACGACCAUCGCAUUAUUACUGGACCCGUUGCGUUAAAGCUUUACUUCUUAUUCACCUACUUCAUAUCUUCGAAAAUUUAAUUAUAAAAACAGGGACAUAGACUUUAUUUUGGAGAUAUUUUUUGGACCAUUUUUGCUAAACUUUGGCUAAGAUGUUCUUUUCUUUAUGUUCUAUUUGCUCUCUUUUGCUAUGAUUUUUGUCUGAUUGUGUCGGGUGUCCGCUUACAUGGUUGGGCAAUCACCCAGCCUUAUUGCCCAAUCAGUACGCUCUGACAUUAAGCCCGGCCAAUUAGAACCUAAAAUUGCAUCUUGCUGCGGGUUCUUGGCCUAUAAAUUUACGUUAAUUUUUUUUUCAUCCUUGAACCCAAAGCUUAGAUGCAAUCUUAUUCUAUCGCAAUGUAUGUAUGUAGAGUUAAAUAAGCUAAAAGUAGAAGCAGUAGCUAAUUGGUGGUAAACUUAUGUCAAUAGGAAGUAGAAAAUAUUGAUGGAUAGAAAAAUAUUAAUGUAACUUUUAAAAUAAAUGUUCUAGUCAUUUAAGAGACUAACGGUAAAGAAACUUGGUGAAAGACGCUAUAAUAAGCCUUUGUAUGAAUUAACGCCACUUAUUUGCGAUUGGCAACUUAGUAUUUUAAAAUACCUAUUAAUGUGUCAAAAUAUAUUUCUAAUAUAAUAAAUAAAACGAAUCUUAAAUAUUCUAUGUAUCUCUCGAACGGGGGUAUAUGGUAUUGCAGCCUAGUAGAGUCAUCUAUAUGUUGUUUCUUAUUUAUAUCCCUUAAGGGAAUAUAAUUGUACUACUACUAUAUUGGAAUAUUGAAAAUGAUAUAUUAUAUUAAUAAAUGUUUAUGGAAGAUA